AUGCUGCGCGCGGGGCCAUGGCACCGACCACGCUACCUCUCCCAACCCAUAGCGUCGCGUGGUUGGUCACGAAAUACUUUAUCGCUCCAGACCCUCUUUGACAUGGCUGAGCAAAAUUUUUAUUGCCCAAGACCCUUUUCGUACACUGCCUUCCAAGCAUCAAUAUCAAUCAAACAAUCGUCCCCAAUGGCGUCUGUUCCAUUUCACCUUCUUUUCAAUCCGACCAUCUGGCCACCGAGAUCACCUCACUUCGUUUCCAUUUCGCGACCUGCUAGCCCACGUCAUGAAGCCUCGCAGCCCCUACAUCGGAUCGAAGUACCAGCGGAUGCACCCAUCCCACCCCCUUCCUUCACCUGCUCUUCCAGGCCAUGUUGGCCUGGCUUGUCCCAUGUGCACGGUCAACAUUUCACUGAUCUACAUACCAGGUGGUGUGGAUACGGUCAAGGUGAAAUUCACUUCUUUUUAAUACCAACUCCGUUUCGAUCACCCGUGGUUCCUACCCACCAGUGCCCAAAAAGCGAGCAUUAUUACCGAACCUUCAAGCUGAACCAACUUAACUACGAGCUCGCGCGGAUCAACGCUGGCGAAAAGUAUCCAAUCCCUUACAACGCAUCACUUCAUGGGCCACCCCUCAACAUCAAAGGCAAGUUUGUCGCCGAGCAAGUCAGUCCAAAGAGUGCUUCCCAACGUGCGCAACGUGCCGCCCCGUCACAACUGUGUGCUCGCGCCCGCGAUGGUCCCACCGCCGAGAAGCACAAAAGCGCGGGUCAUACUGGAUGUACGCAAAAGUAUUGUAAGGCGUGCUGCCAUGCAUAUGGACCGCCUGGCACAUGCUAUGUUCAUCGCAUGAAGCCUGAGGGAUCCCAGGAUGCCACUCCAGCGCCAUCCCAUCGCUCGAGCACCAGCCAUGCUCCUUCCUCGACAGUACCCCAGGCCAAACGAGCCCGUAUAAUCCCGGAGCAGUGCGCGCAGAGUGUUGGCCGAACCGGACACGUGCUGAACGAAGAUGGCGAGCGGGUCCUCUCAAACGCCCGGAAAUUGAAAGAAGACAUGGUUAGAAAGGCAUCGGAGCCUCGUCUUGACCCGAGCAAGGUUGUCAGCUUACAUCUCGUCACUCAGCCCACAACCCCGGUCAUUACGCAGCAUUUUCCGACCUGGCCUCUCAUUGCGCUAGACGAAUGCGAGUCCCUUGUGCGCAAGGCGAAAGCGGCUGCUGGACUCUCUUGGAACGGCCAUAUCCUAGUCUGGGAUGAACAACUGAAAAACUGGCGGGACAUUGCACUCACUUUGCCGCAUCAGUACACCCGCACAGCCAAAAAUCUCGUUCUUUGUCUUCCAAGCCAGCGCCACGCCCUAGCCAAAGAAGUUCAAGACGUUCUUGAAAGCUUUGGUCUUGGGAAACCUUCUAUUCCUAAAGCUCCUGUGCAAUCUACCAAGGUUCCCAAAGCUGAACCUUGGUCUCCGCCCCGAUCGGCCACCCACGUUGCAGGAUCAUCCCUUGGACCAAUCGAGAUCCUCGAUUCAGAUUCGCCUUCGGAUACGGACGACGCGCCAGAGCUAGACACAACUCCAUCAAAGCUCCCUUUCAACACACCGUCAGGCGACGCCAGUUCAGACAAUGUGACUCCCGACUCGUUUCGGCACUUGGACCCCGCUUUAACCGGGAACCUGUCAGCCCAGGCUGUCUGGCUUUCUUAUAUCCUCCCCCAGGUCCUAGCAGCCGACCAGAAGCCCUUCAAUUCCAGCAGUACCGAAGCCCCGGUCCUCAAAGUGUGGCCCGGAGAGGAGGCCAUGACGUUCACACUACUCGCAUGGCAUCAUGCAGUCGGAAUGCCUGCAAUCCGUGCGCGUCGUAUACCUUACUGGAUUAAUUUUUUUGGAACCGAGUACGAAUUGGAGGAACAAACCGCUUAUCGCUACGCGCACUUUGUAGACAAAGUCACUUAUCCAAGGUUCAAGGCUUGGCUUGACAGCUGGCCUGAAGAGGGUGAGAAAAAUCGCUACAAUAUCACAGUCAGUGAGGCGCGGCGGCAUUUUCAAGCUGAGUUCAAAGCAGUUACUGGUUUGAAACAACCUGAUGAUCCAAGCGCCCUUCGGAAACACAAAGAGCAAAAGGCCCCUCGGCCAUCGAAGAAACGCAGAACGAAGCAAUGA